AUGGAUGACUUAUAUGGAAGAAGUGCAAGCAUUAUGGAAUCUUAAUAGAAAUUAGAAUUGUUCAUAAGUUGUCGUGGAUUAGCUAAUAUGGAUACCUUUUCAAAAAGUGAUCCUUAUGUAAUAAUGUAUGUGAAAAGAAAUAACUAAUGGUCAGAAGUAGGAAGAACAGAAAUAAUUAAAGAUAAUUUGAAUCCAAACUUUUCAAAGUCAUUUAUAAUUGAAUAUUACUUUGAAUGUUAAUAGCCAUUAAAAUUCACUUGUAAUGAUGAUGAUGGACAUGGAUAAUAUGAUGUACAUUUUUAAUUAAAAAAAUAUAGUUUAUUGGAAGUGCUGAAACUACAUUAGCAAGUAUAGCAGGAGCUAGGGAUUAAUUAGUAAUGUUAAAUUUAACUAAUGGACAGAAGAAAACUGGAGUAUUAAUAGUAAGAGCAGAUUAGGUUAGGAUUAUAAAUGAUAAAAUCAUAAUGUAAAUAAGUAAAUUCUAAUUAUUAUAUUUAUUAGGUGCUGAUAAUCUACCUGAUACAAGAUUUUUACCUUGGCAUUCUACAUCACCAUUUUUUAGAUUAUAUAGAAUAAGAAAAGAUACAAAUUAAUCACUCUUAGUUUAUGAAAGUGAACCUAUCAAAUCUAAUUUAAAACCUAUAUGGAAAAGAUUAGAUAUCUAAGCUUAGAAAUUGUGCAAUGGAGAUUAUUUUAUGCCAAUUAGAAUUGAAAUUUGGGAUUACAGAACUUCAGGAAAUCAUGAACAUGUUUGUUCUACUGAUUUUUCAGUGAAUGAAUUAUAGGGUAAAAAUAAUAUAAAAAAAGCAUUAAUGGAUAAAAAUAAAAAAUAUUCUGGUGUUAUCAUAUUUAAUGAUGUAAUAUAUAUUAUUAUCUAUAUUCUAGUUAAAAUUAAUUGAAAAACCAAGUUUCUUAGAUUAUUUGUAGAGUGGAACAUAAAUAAAUUUAAUUGCUGCAAUUGAUUUUACAGCAUCCAAUUAAUCUCCUAAAACUCCAAGUUCUCUUCAUUAUAUUGAUGAUUAAUAUCAUAGAAUGAAUUAAUAUCAAUAAGCAUUAUUAGCCGUGGGAGAGAUCUUAUUAAAUUAUGAUCAUGAUAAAAAAGUACCACUCUUUGGAUUUGGAUGUAAACCAAGACUUCAUAAUUUAAAUACUCCUUAAACUUUACAUUGUUUUCCAUUAAAUGGUAAUCCUCAAGAUCCUGAAGUAUUCUAAAUGGAUGGAAUUAUGCAAGCCUAUAAUUAUGCUGUAAGAAAUGUUUAAUUUGAUGGUCCUACUUAUUUUAAUCCUAUUAUUUAAGAAUCUAUGAAAAUAGCAUAAGUUUGUAAAGAUAUGGGUACAAAUACAUACUUUGUAUUAUUUAUUUUAACAGACGGUGAAAUCCAUGAUAUGAAAGUAUUUAAUAUAAAAAUGUAUAUUAGUAAACCAUUGAUUCCAUAGUGGCAGCUUCACAUUUACCAAUAUCAAUAAUAAUUGUUGGAGUUGGAGAUGCAGAUUUCACCAAUAUGUCUAUAUUAGAUGAUGAUGAUGGUAAUCUUCGUGAUUCUUUUGGAAAAAGAACAUAAAGAGAUUUAGUUUAAUUUGUUCCAUUCAACCAAUUUAAAAGUAAUCCAGAAUUGUUAGCCAAAAAUGUCCUCUAAGAAUUACCAGAUUAAUUAGUUGAUUACAUGUUAUUAAUUGGUAGAAAACCCGGAUAAAAAAAUUGUAAUUAUAUUAAUCAUUAUUUAGUUAUUAAUUUAGGAUAAUUUGACAUUAAUUAAUAUUCAUAAUAGUAUGGUUAAUAACAAUAAAUAAUAUAACCUAAUUAAUAAUAAUAAGUACCUUAAAUCCCAUAAUAAUAAUUUUAAAAUGUUCCACCACUUCCCUCUUAAUUUUAGUAACCUUUACCUCAACCAUACAAUUAAACUUAAUAAGUAUAUCCACCACAAUAAUCUUCAUAUCCAUCCUAAUAGAUGCCUCAAUACCCUACUUCAUAAUUGAAUUAAUUCCCUCCAUAAUAGCCUGCUGUCUAUCCACAAUAAUAAUAACCUUACCCUCCUCCUAAUUAUUAAUAAUAAUAAUAAUAAAUAUACCCUCCUUAACAACCUUAAUUCUAAAAUAAAUUUGUUUAAGGGCUUGCAAAUACUAAUUUUUUAGGAUAACAUAUAACGGAUGCUCAAUAAUAGUAACUUAAUUAAUAAUUGCCUUAAUUCUAAUAUCCCCCAUAAGAAUAAGUGAAUUAAAAUGGAAUAUAACCCUAAACAAAUCCGUAUUAAUAACCAAAACAGCCUCCUCAUGUACCCAACAAUCCCUAUGGAUUAUGA